CUUAGCAUGACACUUUUGAAAGAGCCAAUAUUCCACUUGAAUUGCAAUUGGAUAAAUCCAAGCACUGUGCAAGGUUACAAGAAAAGCAGAGAUCAUGAACAUCAGAAGUUUUGCACUUCUUUGUGUGUUGAUUCUGGUCUCUCAGACCCUAGUAGUUGAUGGUGAAGCACAGAAGGAAAGAAAAAAAGAGAGACAAAAUGGUGGAAAAGGUAGAAAAAAACAAACUGGAACUAAACAAGAGAAUGAGAAGGGACAGGACUCCAAAGGAGGUAAACCUUCACUUAAAGGCAAGUUUACAACCAAAGAUAAUUCUGAGUGCACCUGGGCAGUGACUGAAGUAGACACUGUUACCCUAAAAGUAGAAUGCAAGAAAGGUGAAAGCAGCUUCCGGUGUGAUUUUUCAGGAAGUCCUUCCACCUGUCCUCAAUUUGCAGCAAAUCAAAAACCAUACUGGAAACAAAUCUCCCGAUCCCUAAAGAAACAGAAGAAUAUCUGUCAAGACCCAAAAGGUAUUCUAAAAUCUAAAGUAUGUAAGAAGGGGCCACGAAGUGCCCAUCUCACCUUGACCAGCUCAAGCCUGAUAACGCUGCAAGACUCCAUAAAAGGCAAGACUGCUCACCCUAGAAAAGAGAUCACACAGACUUCAGCACCUGCUAUUACACUUGAAAAUCAGCCAGGGAAAAGUUCCAAUGACUGCGUUGAAGAUACAGAUUACAUCAAUCAGCAAAAGGUGGCUGAAGAAUACUGUUCAGAAACAUGGAGAUCUUGGUGCAACUUCUUUAUCACAAUGAUACAGGAUAAAAAAUGCCGAUAAGAAAAUAGAAUUCUAGGGUAUUGGUAAAAUUCUUAGUUGCUGAAAGUUUGGUCCUAUCUACUUCUUGCAUACAUUCUAGAUUUGCCUCUGAU